UCACUGGCGGAAGAAGAAAAAUGGAAGCGGCAGUGUUCAUUCUAUCGCUUGUGGACUGUUGUGCGCUCAUUUUCCUAUCUGUUUACUUUAUUAUCACCUUGUCUGAUCUUGAAUGUGACUACAUCAAUGCUAGAGCAUGCUGCUCCAAGCUAAACAAGUGGGUAAUUCCAGAGAUGAUUGGCCAGUGUCUCUCCACUAUGCUGAUGUUGAUCUCCAUGCACUGGUUUAUCUUCCUCCUUAACCUGCCUGUGGCUGCCUGGGACAUUUAUAGGUACGUGAAGGUCCCAAUGGGAAAUAUGGGUGUGUUUGACCCAACUGAGAUCCACAACCGAGGUCAGCUUAAAUCCCACAUGAAGGAAGCCAUGAUUAAACUGGGUUACCACCUGCUCUGCUUUUUCAUUUAUUUGUACAGCAUGAUCUUGGCUCUUAUCAAUGAUUGAAGUCCCCAGCAAGCUCUUUGACUCCAGCUGCCAAAUUUGAAACUCCAGGGUUUGUUGUUGUUUUCUCACACCCUGCCAUUGUACUGUAUGCAUAAAAUCUUUCAGAACAGCAGAAAAAUAGGUUUACUUCUACCCUGUGGCUACACUACACACAUAAUGUAUGCAUACAUGUAAUAUACAUGUAAUGGUUGCCUCAACAGCAUGCUUCCAUUAUAAUCAAUAAAAGUUGCAAAACUACACACGUCAGAAGUCUGGUCUAUUUUUACACUGCAAAUGUAAAAAUAGACCAGACUGCUAUUCAUUUUUCUACUCGCUACCGGUAUACAGAAAACAGCUGCUUUGUGUCAGUAUCAUUUUCCAUUUUGCUGUGAUCACCCUGUGGGUGUUUAUUUGCCAAUAUCAGCUAACGGUUGCUUAGUAACUUUAUCCCUUAUAAAGUCCACUGUAGUCUGUGUCAAUUUAUUUGUCUUGCACAACGUGACAUUUCACAGCAAUGUGCUGAGUCUAGCAACUGCGGACAAAACAAUCCCAAAAUGAAAACUCACCAUCUUGUUUUUCCACAACCCAAGACCAUAAAUACACUAUAGGUGUAGCUACUAAAAAGAUACAUUCCAGAACACUUCCAUACUGUGGUCCCCAUAUGUUACAAAUUCAGUGUAGCCACAGUGUCAGACUGAUAUUUGUGUUGUUGUCAACAUUUCAGAAGUUUCCAGAGAAUUCUAGAGGGUUUACUUUUGAGAGUGGUCACAUGGUUGAUAUGUAACUACUCAACACUUACAAACCACUUCAUUUAUUGUGAAAAGGGAACUUGUGCAAAAAAAAAAAAAAAGCCUUAGAUUUUAACAGUAAAUAAAUAUAACAUCUACAGCAUUCUUACCUGACAGGAUUGGACCAUGCUGUGGUUCUCUGUAAGAUUUCACAUGUUGCAUCUUCAGAAAUAGCUGUCUGUAAACCACUGGCAUAACAUGGUUAUUUCAAUUACAUGGUUAUUUCAAUUACUUUCUGAUGGCUUGAAGCAGUCUGAUCUUUGAUUGCUCAUCAAUCAGACGUUCUCAUGCACAGAAUGUCAUUGACACCCUUGCUUGCAGAUGUCCCUUAUCAGUGGAAGUUCUGCAAACUCAGCAUGCUGAAAUGGAGAGGUCAGAGCUCUCUGAUGGCCUGUCCUUCAAAUAUUUUCCGCUUCAAGUAAUUUUUGUAAUGCCAUAUGCAAUCCCUUGUCAUAUGCCUUGAAAUACUGUCAUUUAGAUUACAUACAAUGAAUCCACUGAAUUAGAUUCACAGUGGUUUGAAAAUGGUUGAGUACUUUGUAGAAGCAGAGAAGAGGAUUCUGAGAUGGUGUGUGAAAGCGAGUUAGCAAGGUUUAAGGUGGGAGUGGUGUGCAACACUUUUCUCUGAAUUUUUCAGAUAUUUUUCUUCCUCUUUGUUACCAGCUUGUGCACAUGUAAAAUCACUUGCUGUUCUUUUUCUUUUGGUUUUGUGUUUUUUUUAAUUUUGUUUCUCAAACGAUCCAGGUUCUGAACUCCAUUUUUUAACAGAAAGGGUUUUGAAGUUGCAUCAUAUAUUUGGUCACAGAGUAUCAAAGAAUUUUCAAAAUAAAUGUUUAUUCUAAGA